UUGAACUGGCUGCCGAGAUAUGUCGAUCUUCCACUCAGCCAUCGAUAUACUUUCUAUAACAAAACAUUAACUUACGAUCUGUUUAAUAGAUCAAGGACAGAAUGUUUAGAAUUAUAGCAAACUAACGCGUGGCACCAGUCCCUUGGUAUACAAGCAGCAAUGAUGGGAUUUCCCUGUAAGAUACCAUCUCGCACAUGUCGGUUAGAAGAAAGCGAAGAGGAAUCUAUCAGGAGUUACUAUUAGCGAAGCAGUUACUAGGAAGGACUGUAAACCAUUACCAAUCUUUAAGUUGUGGUUUUAAUGUUGUGACACAAUUGGAGGAGCCUUUUUUAACCGCAGAAUUUUGGGAUUACCUGCUGAGUGGUGACUGCGCAGAGAAGGUGUCGGACCUGGAUUCUAUCGAGUGUAGGUACAUACCUCCAGCCUCUCAGGUACGGCGGCACAGCCUUCUGCUGAUCAACUCCUGUUAUCAAUCAGCAAAAAAAAUACACUUUAGUUUUCUCUCGCUAGACUUUCUUACAAACGGCAAUUUCAAAUGCGUAUCGCAGUGAUCUUACAGGCAACAGCAAUAAAAUCUAACUUCGAAGAGUAUUUGCUUAAUACCUAAUUUUAGUUCUUCUUACUUACCACCAUUUGCUGUAAGUCCGCAUUAACAGAGUCGAUACGAAAUUUCGACAGUCCAUAGGCUUUCAUCUUGGACAUACUCAACGUACCCAUGCCGAUACUUUUACGAAUAUCCGGCACCUCCAUGGGAUCUGGAAUCGGUGCACCCGGAAGACCCACUGGAUCUUCUUGCUUAAAGUGCUCAAGAACGGCGAAUAGCUGUGCAGCUAAACGAUUCUCGGUUACACGUACAUUAUGAUCGUCUUUUGCAUCGCUGGAAAGAUCAACCUCUGCGGAGGAUUCCGUUGAUGAAGCUGAAACAAAGAAAACAAUAUACAUACAUACAUUUUUAAUUUUAACUUUUAUUUUGCGUAUAAUGCAAAGCUAGUUUACCAUCGUCCUCGUCUUGUAUUAGCGCAUCACUAAAAUACAAGCAAAGAAAUAAGACAAAAGAUAACGCGAUCCAUGUGCGCGUUUGAAGCAUCUUUUUUUCUGGUCGAGUGUAAACAACAACAAUUUAUCAGAAGCACUUUUAGCGCCGAUCACAAGAACAAUAAAACAUUCAUUAAUAAACAAGAAACACUGAGUAUUGAUUCAGAUACUUCGAUGCUCGCUUAUAAAAUAAGCCGUCCGGAGAUGCGCGCACUAUACGGAAGGCAGCACACAAA